CAUAGUAAACAAUUGGUCAUUGGAGAAAAAACAUUUGAAAUACUAUUCGAAGGGGAAAAUAGUAAAGUGUUCAUAUUUUUUAUAAUUUUUAUUAUUAUUAAGAAACCUAGGAGGUAGUUUGUUGUUAACAUAAAUGGACGAUUACGAGGAUUCGCAACAGCAACAAUCUGGAGGUAGAGGUGGCGGCGUGGCAGCGUCCAGUUCCACGGGCGCAAUAAAAGUAGGCGGCUGGCGCUAUGAGGAUGGCACACGUUAUAUAGGCGAAUGGAAUCAACGUGGAAUGAAGCAUGGAAUUGGUCAUCUACUAUUCGCAGAUGGCACGCGUUACGAUGGACAAUUUUGUGAAGGACUUAGUCAUGGGUUGGGCUGCAUGUGGUUUGCUGAUGGAGCAAAGUAUGAGGGCGAAUUCAUGAAUGGUUGGUUCCAUGGUUUUGGCAUUUUUUGGAGAUCCGAUGGUAUGAAAUUCGAAGGAGAGUUUCGCGGUGGCAAAAUAUGGGGACAUGGUUUGGUUACGUUUAAGGAUUUCUCACACGGGUUUCCCCGCAAUGAAGGUUUUUUCCAAGACUGCCGUUUGUUGCGCAAACGUCGCUGCCCCGAAAUAGUACAAAAAGCCCAAAAAUGUGCCCUUAUGGCCAGAUCGCAGUGUGACCACCCCUACUGAUGUUUACAAAUUCCAAUAAAUUAAAAACAAUUCGAACUGA